AUGGAUCACCCAUUGGCUUUUAUCCAUGAGCUCUCGCCGCCUACGGCGGGUCUCUCGUUGGGCGAUAGUCUCGCUCAACAUGUUACUGACAAUGGUCGCUUUCACACGUUGAUUGAUUGUUUGCCAUCUACCAACAAGCGUGCUCUUAUCUCGCCAGACCUCUCACGCCCACCGCUGACGCACCGUAUGCUGAAGCAGUUUGUGACGUCCUUUGUACUGCCACACAGUACUCACUUCAAGCCGUUGCAGCCGAACGAUCGUAUUAUGAUGGCACUGCCCACCGGCCCCGAAAAUGCGUUGGCUUUAUUGUCUGUGGCAGCCUACUUUAGCUGUGCCCCUGUAAAUGCUAGUUGCACAGCAGAGGAACUGCGUGACGAUGCGCUGCGCUUGGGUGCGAAGGCUGUGGUCUCUACUCGUGAGGCAGCCGAUCGUCUUGAACUUUACAAUUUGUUCAGCCAGCACGGUUUGGAAAUUAUCUUUGUCGAGCCACGUCCAUCAGGUCCGGCUGGUUUGUUCGACAUGUCAUUGAUGGGUCAAGAGGCCGCAGACUCGCGUCAGCAAGGCCCUUCGGCGCCCAACACGCUGAUGAAUCAGUCCCUGGUGCUGCACACCUCGGGUACGUCAGGUACGAAGAAGGUGGUACCAUAUACACUGCGCGACUUGAUCAUCGGUUCCGUAUGUGUCGUUAAGAGUUGGGACUUGACACCUACCAUGGUCAACAUGAAUAUGAUGCCACUCUUCCACGUCGGUGGUAUUGUGCGUAACCUUUGGGCGCCAGUGUUGUCCGGCGGUAGUACCAUUCUUUGCUCUGGUUUUGAUGCAAAUGCGUGGUGGAGCUUGUCGAUGCAGCUCGGUGCUACGUGGUACUAUGCUGCGCCGACCAUGCACCAUGCCAUCUUGUCGGCGAAACCGCCGGAAGUGGACCCAUCUUCACAACUGCAGAUCCGCAUGAUCUGCAAUGCGGCAGGUGGUUUGCUCCCGUCCUUGGCAAAUGAACUCCGUGCUACCUUCAAUUGUGCAGUAUUGCCCUCUUACGGUAUGACAGAAUGCAUGCCGAUCGCUUCGCCGCCGACAUCGUAUCAGCUAGACCGUCCUGGCUGCUCCGGUGUGGCGUGUGGUCCUUACCUCUCUAUUCGUGACCCGUUGAACAUUGAACUGGAGCUUCCCCGUGGGAAGACAGGUAAUGUGUGUGUGAAAGGCCUGCCGACCUUCUCCGGUUACGAGGUCAACGGCAACCCUGUGCUCGACACCUCUGUGUUCUCCAGCGAAGGAUGGUUUGACACGGGUGACUGUGGCCAUAUGGAUGAGGAUGGCUACCUGUAUAUCACAGGUCGUUCGAAAGAGAUUAUCAACAAGGGUGGUGAAGUUAUUUCGCCCUUUGAGAUUGAAGAAGCUAUUACGCAGGCGUGCAAGGACCGUGUCAAGCAGACACUGGCCUUCUCGAUUGAGCACAAGGUACUGCAGGAGACCAUCGGUGUGGUGAUUGUCCCGCAGCCGAACCAGCCUCGUAUUGGUCUGAGCGAACUCCAGAACUCGCUGCGCAGUCAUUUGCACCCGUCCAAGUGGCCUUUUGUGAUUGUAUAUAUGGAUGAUUUGCCAAAGAACCAGGCGGGUAAGCCGUUGCGUAUCAAGCUAGGCUCGCGUCUUGGCAUUGGUCCCUUGUCGGACGAUGUGCCUGCCCUGGAUCGCCACUUUGAGGCCAAAGCACCGAGCAAGGAGACGCCUCUUUCGCGUCCUAUCCCCUGCUCGCGGAUCACGGUGGAUGUACGUGCUGUGCAGCGUGCAUGUUACCGUAUUCCUGGUGUACUUGACGCUGCUGUCGUACAGCAGCGUGAUCGCUCGCCCAUGGCCUUUAUUCAAGUGCAGGAAGAUGCAGAGUUCGAUGCGGCCGAUAUCGAUCGUGCCCUUGGACAGAUUUUGCAUGGCUACGUCGUGCCGAACCCGUUGCAUGUCUUCCGUCAGCCUCUGAUUAAGACUAACGGAGAAUAUGACUUUGCCGCCAUGGAGAGCAUUGUGCGUGAGCAGAACGCUGCUAGCAUGUCGCAGACAUCGAUCUUGGUGCGUGACAUUAUCGCCAAGCUGCUGGAUCUCGAUUCGGGUUCGAUUACCGAUGAGUCGGACUUUUUCCUGCUGGGUGGCAACAGUUUGUUGCUAGGUCGUCUUAUCUUUAUGAUCCGCAAAGAGACCGAUGUCAACCUGGAAGUGAGCUCUCUGUUCACAAACUCAACAGUGUCCAAGAUGGCUGCGCUUAUUGACGAGCACCGUGGUAUGGGCGAUGUAACCCAUGAUGAUGGUCUACACUACCAGAUUGACGAGAAGGGUGCUGGUCUGCACACGGGUUACGUGGCGCACAACUAUGCUGCCGAGAACGACGACCCAGCGUUCUCGUCGCAUGGCUACAAGCCGCGUAGUCAGACACAUCCCCUGGUGCUCUUCGUACAAGCAUUGCCGUUCAUUUUCUUCUACCCGCUCAAAGCGGCGUGGACGUGGACGGUGAUCUUGCACGGUCUGGCUUUCUUUGCGUACUACAUUCGUGACUCGUUCUGGGAGCGUCUCGGUGCACUGCUGGCUUCGAUUGUGAUUGCCCGAGUGACCUCGCGUAUCGUCUGUCCCUCGGCAGCAAUUCUCUUCAAGUGGGUGGUCAUUGGUCGAUACCGACCUGGUAAGUACCCGAUGUGGUGCAACUACCACCUGCGUUGGUGGAUUGUGAAUCAGUCGCUGCGUGUGAGUGGUCGUGGCGUGUUUGCGAUGUCGCCUUUCCUACUGAAGACGUACUUCCGUUUGCUUGGUAUGCAAAUCGGUAAGAAUGUGCAGAUUGAUUCGAUGGCUAAGAUCGCUGAGCACGACUUGAUCACGAUCCAUGACCGCGCAUCGAUCGAUCGUGCUCGUAUCCGUGGUUUCUGUGUGGAACGCGAUGGCUACUUCCGUUUGGAGCCCAUUGUGAUUGGCCGUGAUUGUGUGGUAAACACCUACACACAAAUUUCGCCAGGCGCGCGUCUUGCGGAUGGCACCGUUUGGGGCCCACAAUCGUCGUCCCAUGAAGCGCCAUCGUCUGACUCGUACGCUGCGUUCAAUUCGAAUGCGGUGCCAAAGCCCAACUUCUUGCUUCGUUUCCUGAUCGGUUACCCGCUCUAUGGUUUGAUUUGGGUGAUUUCGUACGUGCCGUGGUUUGCUGCUUUGUUCCUGCUCUUGGCGCAGCCCUUCAACUUCUCUAACAACGACUCGCUGGAAAGUAUUGUGGCUUGGUACGCGUACCCUCAUCGUAUUGGUUACCACUUCCUUGCCCGUAUCGUGCGUAAGGUGCUGCCACCGCUUAUUCACUUGGUGCUGAGCUUGUUUGUCAAGCGCGUGUUCCUUGGUCUGAACAAGCCUGGUGCCAUGCGCAACGCUGGUCAGUGGGUCCUCUUCCGUCGCUGGAUGCAUCAACUCUUGCUAAACCAGACCCGUCUCAAGCGUGCCUUUGAUAUCAUUGGUACGCACUAUGAGAUGGUAUCAGUGGUCUUCCGUAUUAUGGGUGCCAAGGUUGGUAAGCGUGUCUACUGGCCGGGUUCGGGUAUCGUUUGCCCUGACCCUGAGCUGCUCGAGAUUGGUGAUGAUGUGGUGUUCGGUUCGCGUUCGGAAAUUUACACAUCGGACUCGAUCAGCUUUGACCCGGUCCGUAUCGGACGCAGCGCCAUGAUUGCCGAUCGUGUCGUGGUCUUGCCAGGUACUACGAUUGGCACUCAGUGUGUUAUGGGUUCUGGUGCGCUUUCGCGCCGUAACGGUAACUACGAAGACCGCUCUGUGUGGAUGGGCUCGAAGAAUGGUGAGGCGGUCAGCUUUGGUAAGUCGCAAGCUCAAGCGGAACCACUGGGCGAAGAUGACACGAUCACGCCUUUCGGUCGUGCGUACUACAAGCGCCAGGCCAACUACUUUGUCAUGCCGUACAUCAUGAUUGUGGCGAUCAAUGUGUUUGCCCAGGCUGUCACAGCAGCGUACUGGGCCGCUGGUUUCGCAGCGACAAUUGUGGUGAUCAACCGCAUCGUGCGAACGUUCGAAGACCAGGCACACUGGCUCUUCCGCGACCACUGGUAUCGUCCGUUCUUCCUGUACUUGGCUAUUGCGAUCUGCUUCUUUGUUAUUUUGCCGUGCCAAGCGAUCAUUUCGUUGCUCUGGGUGAUUGUUACCAAGUGGAUUCUCAUUGGCCGCCGUCGCGAAGGCAAGUACAACUGGGAUAUGAGCAGCUACUGCCAGCGCUGGCAAACGCAUUUAACAUUGCAAAAGCCAGCUGUGCAUGGCUUUGGUGGUCAUAUUUUCAUGAAUUUGUCGGGCACCGCUUACGUUGUAUGGUUCCUUCGUGCCUUGGGUGCACGCAUCGGCAAAGACUGUGCCAUUUGGGCUGGUGGUAAACCAACUUUGAUGUUAACCGAGCCGGAUCUGGUUACGAUGGGUGACCGUGUCUCGAUCGAUGACUGUUCAGUGGUUGCUCACAUCAACUCGCGUGGUCAAUUUAGUUUGAACAGGCUUCGUAUUGGUGACGGCUGUGCUAUGCGAACAGGCAGUCGUCUCUUAUCAGGUGCCAAUAUGGAAGCCCAUUCGAUGCUUCUUGAGCACACACUUGUUGCCUCUGGUGAAAUCACAGAAAGUUGGGCUGUGUACGGAGGUUGGCCGGCUCGCCGCCUCAAGUUGCGUCGUGUCACCGAGAACCCAGACACCAAGAAUGAGGCCAUGUUGUAA